UUUAUACGCACGACGCAUCGAUCGAUGGAUGGAUCGCAUGGACAGUUGCUUGGUCGAUCGAUCGAUCGAUCGAGAACGAUAUCGAUCGCUGGUGAGGAGGAACAAUGCCUUGUCUCGCACAGGAGUACCACCACCCCAAGAUCCCGGCCACCAAUCACUACUGCAAGUCCCUCUCCUCCCUCAUCAGGGAGACCUACGCCCACUGCCAUGUGCCUUGUGCCAGGAUCCCCGCCGCCGGCUGGAGCUCCGGCGAAGACAGCGACGACGACGACGGCAGCUGCCUCGACGACAUGCUCGACACGAAGCAGGUGAUCCUGAACGAGAUGAGGAACCGGCAGAUGAGGAAGAGGUCGAGGUGCAGCGUCGAUUCGCCGACCCCGUCGAGCGCGUUCGCCUGGUCGCUCACGCCGCUCGAUCCGAGGAGCGUUCUGGAGAAGUUCCCGAGUCCCAAGGAGUCCGUGUCGGAGGAGGAGAAGAUGAAGGGUAAGGAGGAGGAGGAGGAGGUAGGUGAAGACGAUGUCGGCGGCGGCGGCGACGACGAAAGCGAGGCGUUCUUCUCGGUGAAGAGCUUCUUCUCCCGCAGCACGAGCCGUGGCGCGACCGUGGCGUCGUCGACGUUCGCCGCCAUGGACCCGCCGCCUCCCCUGCAGUCGCCGGCGGCGUGGGGGGCGCUCCGGGGCUGCGACGGGUGGCCGUUCGGCCUGUGCCGCCUCCCCGCCGUCCUGCCGCCGCUGCCCAGCUCGCCGGCCGACUCGUGGCAGUGGCGCAAGCGCAGCAGCAGCAGCAACCACGCCGCGAGCCCGGCUCCUGCUUACAGCUACUACAGAACUACUCCUAGUAGACGCUAAUCGCGUCUCGACGCCAUUAGCCAAGAAAACCCUUUUUCUAACCGUCCAUGCUAGCAAGCCAGCAAAGCUGCGGGGCAUGUGACGAUGUUUGCAAGCUCUCACUGUCAGGUAUAGUUAACCUCGUUGUGGGGAAGACAAGAUCGAUGAUGAGAGACAGUGCUUCAUGUAAUCUUGUUGUUUUCUGUUUGGAUUUUUGGAAGAACAUGCACCCUCCUGGUUCGCAUGUGUCGGUGUAAUCGUGUGUCCUAUACUCGUGCUCGUUUGUGCUGAAUAACUCAGAUGAACCUUGAGAUUUGAGCUGCA